CUCCCAGCCUCACCUCUCGCCAAGCGCACCAAGCCAAACACCGAAGAUUCCACCAUGACCAACAACACCCCCGUCACCUCCAUCUCGCAGCCUCUGCCCCCUCUCCUCAUCAAGAAGUUGAACGAUGCUGGCCGCGCCCCGACCCGCGGCUCGGCCUUCGCUGCCGGUUAUGAUAUGUACAGUGCCAAAGAGACCGUGAUUCCCGCGAAGGGCAAGGCGCUCGUCGACACGGGCAUUGCCAUUGCCGUGCCGGAGGGAACCUACGGCCGCAUCGCACCCCGCAGCGGGCUGGCCGCGAAGCACUUCAUCGACACCGGAGCCGGUGUCAUCGACGCCGAUUACCGCGGUGAGGUAAAGGUCCUGCUGUUCAACCACUCCGACGUCGACUUCCCCGUCAAUGUCGGCGAUCGUGUUGCCCAGCUUAUCGUGGAGAGGAUCUAUACCCCCGAAGUGCUGGUCGUCGAGGAGCUGGAGGAGAGCGUGCGUGGCGCCGGCGGAUUCGGUAGCACCGGUGCUAACUAGAUACCCAUGAUGAAAUGAACGAUCGGGUGUGGGAUUUAAUUGGGUUGGCGUUGGAUUAUAGAAAAAGAAUUUGCAUUUCCCCAUUUACAAACUUUCGGGAUAUUUAGAAAUGGACAGCAUUCCAUAUUCGUAACACCAACAAGACGGAUAUACUCUUAGGGCCAUACAUA